AUGUCAAUGACAGAUAAGAAUAAUAGCUCGUCAAGAGUUAAGUUGAAGUCACUCUCUGUUCUUCUUGCUAUACUUGGAAUCAGUUCUAUCCAAGCCGUAGACUACACUUGUGAUCCAGGCAAUUUUUUGAAAGAUGGGAAAUUCUGCUAACCCUGCAGACCAGGAUACUAUUGUACUGGUGGAGUCAUAACCUAUAUGAAAAAGUGUUCUCCUGGCUUCUAUACAACUUACGGUGCUUCUGUUUGUGCUAAGUGUCCUGCUGGUUUUUCUUGCUCAGAUCCAACUCAGCCUCCUGAAGCUUGCCCUCCAAUGAAAUACUCUGUUGAAGGGUCAUCAUCUUGCUCUUUAUGCCCUCAAGGAUCAGUCUGUAAUGCAAAUGGAGUUGUCACUGCUUGUAAUCCUGGUGAGAUUUGUAGAAGUGACGAUUUUACUGAGAAAGAGCCUUGCCCUCGUGGACAUAAAUGUCCUUUCCCUGAUCAACCUGAUUUGAUAAUCGAGUGUCCUGCUGGAACAUAUGCUGCAGAAAAUUCGACAAGUUGUACACUCUGCUCUCCUGGCUAUUCUUGUCCAUUGGGUUCAUCAGCUCCUUUCAAAUGUCCAGCAGGUACUUUUGCUGAUGAAGCUGGUCUAUCCUCUUGCAAGAUUUGCACUCAAGAUUAUUACUGCGAUGGAGUCUCACCAAUACGUUACAGAUGUGAGUUAGGCUAAUAUUCAUCAGAGGGCGCCUCUGCAUGCACUGAUUGCCCAGCUGGUUUCUACUGUCCUCCUGAAAGUGAACCAACUUACCCAAUAAUUUGUGAAAAAGGUUAUUAUUCAACAGGAAAGGCAAGUAUUUGCUACCCAUGCCCAGAAGGAUAUGAAUGCUAAGAUAGAAAAUCCCUCACUAAAUGUGCUGAUGGCUUCUACUCACUUGCUGGAAAUGAUGCUUGUAUCUAAUGCCCUCCAGGUUAUGAAUGUGGAUCUUGGGGAACACCAAUGCCUUGCUCCCCUGGUUAAUACUCACUUCCAGGCUAAAAGUAAUGCACUUAUUGCCCACUAGGAAACUAUUGCCAAUCAACUAAAGCAUUGCCAGCCUAAUGCCAACUUGGAUACUACUAGGAUGAAUUAGGUAAGGCCUAUUGUAAAGAGUGCCCAGAUGGUUUCACUUGUGUUGACUAGACUAUCGCUCCAGUUCAAUGUCCUUCUGGAUAAUUCACAGAUAAAUACCAUUAAUAAUGCUAUCAAUGCCCAGCAGGCUAUGAUUGUUCAAAGAGAAAAUAUGAAGAGAUCUUCUUUUGUGGAAAAGGCUAGUAUUCUCUAGCAGGUGAUGUAGUCUGCAAGUAUUGCCCAUCUGGCUAUUUCUGCGAAAGACCAGAUAUUGAUAAGCAAGAAUGCCCAGUCGGCACUUACUCUAUUGAAGGCUAAGUAACAUGCACUGAAUGUCCACUAGGCUAUUAAUGUUUGGAUAAAUAAGGCAAGUACAUUGUCAAAUGUCUAGAAGGAGAAUAUUUUGACUCAGUGACGAAAACAUGUACUGAAUGCCCCAAGGGAUAUGCUUGUCCUGUUGGAGCUGCAACAGCAGGAUUUGAUGUCAUGAUUAAAUGUGACCCAGGUACUUAUUCAAUUGGAGGUUAAACUGCUUGUACGAUAUGUCCUCCUGGAAAAUAUUGUCCUGAUUUCGAUAAAGCAACAGUUAAGGAUUGCCCAGAUGGUUAUAUAUCUUUUGGAAGUGCUUCACAAUGUUAAGGCUGCCCCAAAAACUAUGAAUGUCCAACAAAAUCCUCAUUAGCCCUUUGUCCAACUUAUUUCUACUCUGAUGAAAAUAACAACACUUGCAAGCCUUGCCCAGAUGGUUUCAACUGUAUGUACCCUAAUGCAACAUUUCAACUGUGGUGUCCUGCUGGCUAUUACAUGCAAACUUUGGAUUGGACUUGCUAAAUCUGCCCGAUAGGAGCCAAGUGCCCAAAGAAUUCUACCAACCCAACAUAUUGCGAACAUGGUUAAUAUUCUGACAUGAUGGGAUCAGUUGAAUGUAAGACAUGUCCAGUUGGAUACUUCUCUAAAUUUGGCUCUGAAUUCUGCUAACCUACUCCUCCUGGAGCAUCUUCACCAAAAGGUGUCUAUCAUGUCUGCUAAGAGGGUACAUAUAGUGACUGGGGUUUCUCAUAUUGCAAAAUUUGUGAGCCAGGAUUUCUCUGUCCUAAAGGUUCAAUGAUCGGAAUGGCCUUAUCUUGCCCAAAAGGUAGCUAUUGCAUUGAAGGUGUCCAAUAUAAAUGCAAACAAGGAUACUUCGGAAUAGCAGAAAGAGCUUCUACAGAAUAGCAUGGCUGUGCAGUGUGUCCAGCUGGUUUCUUCUGUCUUGACGGCACUGAUAAUUUUGAAUUAAAUCCAUGUCCAAGAGGACAUUAUUGUCCUAUAAUGACAGGUCUUCCUAUUGAAUGUCCACAAGGAACCUAUAAUGAUCAGUUAUAUAAGAGAACAAUUGCUGAUUGCUAAUAAUGUCCAAUGGGCCACUAAUGUGCCAAUGCUACUAAGAAUCUUGGUGAGAUUUGCCAAGAGGGAUACUAUUGCCCAUUAGGCUCUUACCCUGGCUAAUAUCCAUGCCCUGCAGGGACCUUUGGAGGUUACAGAACUGGGUUAAAAGAUGCAAGUGAAUGCUAAAUAUGUCCCGCAGGUUACUACUGCCCAGAAGGCACAGUUAAUCCUAUACCGUCUAAGCCUGGCCAAUAUCAGCCAUACUCCUCAAUUGGAGACGAAUAAGCAUUACUAAUAUGCCCUCCUAAGUACUAUUGCCCUAACUCCUUCAUGACAAACUAUAAAGGUUAUCACUGCCAGCCAGGGUAUUACUGUCCUGCAGGUAGUGUUUCGCCUACUGAUCACCCAUGCCCAGAAGGAACAUACUCAGAUAGCCAUGAGAUAUUUGACUAAUCUUAAUGCUUAAGCUGUCCUCGAGGAUUUAAAUGUGGGUAAGCAGCAUACACAAAUUCUAACUUUACCAAUUGUCCAAGAAACGAGUAUUGUCCUCUAAGAACAAGAGCAUCUGACACCUAUCUAUGCCCAGCUGGAUCAUAUGCUCCCUAUCUAAACUCUAAAUCCCUAGAUGAUUGCAUUGUCUGCCCAUUUGGAUACUACUGCUUAUCUGGAAAAGAUCCUGUUAUCUGUCCUGAAGGAAACUAUUGUCCAAAUGGUACCUAAUUUGAUAAAUAAUAUCCAUGUCCUGCUGGAAGUUAUUUGGAUUAUACUGGAGGUAAAGUACUUGGAGAAUGCAAACCUUGUGGCUUGGGAAACUACUGUCCAGAAGGUUCUAUAAGACCAAUCCUAUGUGAACCAGGAUAUUACAACGAUUUCUCAAACGAAGCCAAAACUUGCAAGAAAUGUGACCCAGGUAGAUAUUGUCCAUUGGAUGGAACAAUCUCUUAGCCACUCUGUAUAGAAGGCAAAUACUCAGGAAUUUAAGCUACUAAGUGCACCUAUUGUGAAGUAGGUCAUUACUGCCCAAAUAAAGGCACAACUGAGAACGAGCAUACAGACUAAUUAUGUCCUGUAGGGGUCUAUUGCUUCAGAAAACUCGUCAACUUCAAUGAUCUUGAUGAAGUGACUUAAUAAACUGAAAUAAUAAAUGGAGAAUAUGGAUUGAAUGUUCAUCCCAACCUUUAAGAUCACUCUUGUGCAGUCGGUUUCUAUUGCCCAGCUGGUACAUAAAAAAUGAUUGCUUGUCCGAUUGGAACUUAUAACAGAUUAAAAGGCAGAAAAUCGAUCUUAGAUUGCUAAAAAGUUGAGGGCGGCUAUUAUGUAGAUGAAGAGGCAUCUAGUACUUGGUCUGGGGAAUGUGAUCCAGGUCACUAUUGUCCAGAUGGUUCAUCAUCAGCAAAAGAAGUAGAAUGUCCAAAAGGUACCUACAGAGCUAUAAAUAGAGGAAGUGAGCCAAAGGAUUGCUCAAUAUGUCCAUCUGGAAGUUAUUGUGAUGAUACUGCUAUGUUUUAGCCUAAAACUUGUCCAGUAGGAUUCUAUUGUCCAAUUGGAACAGUUGUUCCAGAGCCAUGUCCUGAGGGUACUUACGGAGGACAAUAAGGAUUAACUGAUUCGAAAAGUUGCACCCUUUGUCCGAGUGGCUAUUACUGUCCUUAGAGAGGUCAAACUUCUGCUUCAUUACUUUGCGAUGAGGGAUAUUUAUGCAUUAAAGGGUCAAGAAAGCCAGAACCAACAGAUAAUGUCACUGGAUCGCUCUGUCCUGCAGGUGGAUACUGUCCUCAAGGUGCUUAAUCUGCUAAAAACUGCAGUCCUGGUACCUAUAACAUGUUUGAAGGAGGUGAAGUUGCUUCAGAUUGUUAGCAAUGUCUUCCAGGAUACUAUUGUUUGGGCUCAAAUUCGGCAAAACCAACAGACCUUUGUCCAGCAGGUUAUUAUUGUCCAGCAGGUACAUCUAAACCCACUCUAAAAGCAAAACCUGGAAAUUACACUCCUAAAGGUUCAUCAGUAUAAUACAAAUGCCAAAGAGGAACUUACAGUCCAGCAGAAAAUCAAAGUUCUUGUACUUAUUGCCCAGCUGGAAAAUUCUGUCCUAAUUAAAUGAUGACUACAACUUAGAACUGUCCUAUGGGACAUUACUGCCCUUCCUAUCAAUAUUUCGUUGAAAACAACAUUUACUAUGAUAAACUUAAAUGCCCAUCAGGAACCUAUCACAAUCUUACUGAUUAAAAGAAUAUAACAGCUUGUCUUCCUUGCCCUACUGGAAAAUUCUGUGCUGGAGAAGGAUUGGAUAAAUACAAUGGGUCUUGCUCAGAAGGCUUUUAUUGUAAUAAAUAUGCAGAAAGUCCUACUCCUUCAAAUGAGAGUGCUUAUGGUUACUUUGGUCCUUGUAAGGCAGGUUAUUAUUGUCCAGCAGAGACUCCUAAUCCUAAGGCAUGCCCUAUAGGAACAUUUUCGAUAUUGAUGUUUGCCUGCCUUGUCCAGAAGGAUAUUACUGUGAUCAAGAAGGAUUAUCAUAGCCGGCUGGGUUAUGCAAAGAGGGUUACUACUGUCCUUAGGAAUCAAAAUCUUCAUCUAAUUAAACAUAUAUCUGCCCAACGUAGCAUUAUUGUCCUUAAGGAGCAGCAUCCCCUAUCAAAUGUCCGGUUGGGUUCUAUCAAGAUUUGUAUGGCCAAGGAAAAUGCUUGGAAUGUCAAAAAGGAAACUAUUGCAUAUUUGGUGAAAAGAAGGAAUGUCCUAGUGGCUAUUAUUGUCCUUGAAUAGCAAUAAUAUUUCAGCAAACAAAAUAACUAAUAUUCAAGAUUAUUCUUAAUUUCAUAACUUCUUAGUCAAGCACAAAUUUGA